UGACAUUGACACCGUUAGCCUCUUUCUCUUUGUUCUUCCCUGCGAUUGUUCUCUCUCUUGAAGAAAAUUGAAAUGGCAGAUCAGCUCACCGACGAACAGAUCUCCGAAUUCAAGGAGGCCUUCAGUCUAUUCGAUAAAGAUGGAGAUGGCUGCAUUACCACCAAGGAGCUUGGAACUGUAAUGAGAUCACUGGGUCAGAAUCCAACGGAAGCGGAACUACAGGAUAUGAUAAAUGAAGUGGAUGCAGAUGGAAACGGAACCAUUGAUUUUCCAGAGUUCCUCAAUCUGAUGGCUAGGAAGAUGAAGGACACGGAUUCUGAGGAGGAGUUGAAGGAAGCUUUUAGGGUUUUUGACAAAGAUCAGAAUGGCUUCAUUUCAGCAGCCGAGCUUCGUCAUGUUAUGACAAACCUAGGCGAAAAGCUAACUGAUGAUGAAGUUGAUGAGAUGAUACGUGAAGCUGAUGUGGAUGGGGAUGGUCAAAUUAACUAUGAGGAAUUCGUUAAGAUCAUGAUGGCCAAGUGAUGAUGAUGGGGGAGGUUAUCUUAAUUCCUUUUGGGUGUUUUUGUGUACUUAGGUUUUGGUGUUUAGCAAUCUAUUGAACGGUUAAACCUUCUUUCCAAGUAUGGACAAACUUAUUUUUCUUGA